GAUUUUUUUAUCUCAAAUAUUAUACCUUUAGUGACAAAGGUGUUUAAAAGGGUUUUUGAAUAUAGUCCAGAACUUAUUUAAACUAAAACUCGGGAUGGACAGUACUUUGUCAAGUAGCAUAUGGAAAGAUUCUUUUGAUAAAUUGUUGGUUCCACAACCAUUGCUUCGUGAGCUAAACAUAAUAAAAGAAAAUGUUCGCGUAUCUUAUAAUAUUGAUUCUAGUUUGGAGAACACCAAUCCUAACAUAUCCUUAACAAAUAUUAUUGAACCUUUAAAAAUAAACGGACGAUUUUGUGAUAAAGUGGAUAAUCCCAACAAACCAGUCAAACCAAUUUCGACUCCUUGUACUAAAGGUUACAGCACACACCUAUUCCGCUGUUCACUGUCUCCUAUAACAGGGUCGCAAUUAAGCGUACUUAAAGCCUUUAAUGCUAGUAUUAAUACUAAUAAAGAGGAGCCUCAAAUGCAAAAUAGCAAUUUCGAACCAUUAUUGUGGAGGCCAGAAUAUAUGGAAACCAAAUCGGGUGAAGCACGGCAAGGAAAAAGUAGUUUACUCAUUUUACAGCCAGGAAAAUGGCGUAAGUCUUUGCUUUCUUGGCGUCGUAUACACACUAAUGACGCUUUAUCGGACUUGAAGCAAUCCGUGAAAUAUCCAAGUGUGCACGAAAAUAAUAACACUGAUCAGAAAUUUCUAUGUGGACGCAAAACUAUUUCCAAUAAUUCUAGUAUAUCAUCAAUAGAUUAUGAGAAACAAGUACUGAUGUAUUGUCAACAGAGUAAGGCAAUAUGCUUUAAUACCGAAUAUGCUUUUCCUAACAUGAAAAGCGCCAGUAAAAUUGGAGAAGGAGUUUUCGGCGAAGUGUUUAAAUUCAACGGAAGAACAAAGCCCAAAAACGAUGUAGUAUUGAAAAUAAUACCCAUUGAGGGAAAAACUGUAGUCAACGGGGAGACCCAAAAGACUUUUGAACAAAUCUUGCCAGAAAUUGUUAUUACGAAAGAGAUGUGUCGACUUCAAUUUUGUGAACGUAAUUCAACUUCGGGCUUUGUGAACAUUCAAAACAAAUGCAGAACACAGAUGUUUGUAACGCAGAGAAACCAAUGAGGGUAGGUUGGGUAGGACACUGCAGCAUCUAACAUUGCAGAUCAUUCUGCAAUAUUUUACCUCUGCAAAAGCUGACAAGUCAGUGUUGGGAGCUACAAUUGGAUAUCCAUGUAAUAUUAUCCAAAUAUCCGCGGUUUUUUUUUUAUUAACUUGUGUCAAAAAAAUUCAGAAUAAAAAUGGAAGGUGCAAUCUGCAAUUUCUUUUUCUUUGCCAA